AGGGCGUUUGCACUCAAAGAAUUUAUUCCAAAACCAUAUCUUAUGGACUAUAUAUAUAUAUCAAUUAUGAAAGCCAGCAAGCAAGCUUAUAAUAACCUAUAUGAAAGCGUUGGAAUCCUAGCACUAAGAAAACACAGAGGAAUGGAGUGGUUGUAUCCUAGGCGAAGGGGUCCUCAGUGGAAACAAGGGUGGUCAGGCCAGACACUACCCUCCAUGUCUGCACCGCCUCUCCCAUUGGUCACCAUUUUUGGGAUCGUCCUUGUCUUGCUUUGGUUCUCUCAGUAUGCUGAUUACAGGGCCCACUUACAUAACUCCGCAAUAAACUUCCAGCUAUUCCUUAUUCUUUUGCCGGUUCUGCUAGUCUUCUUCAUGGUCUCAUUUUCAUCUAGUGGAAGGUUUGCGUUUUGCCAGCGUCGUCUUGAGCGUCACACUGUUCACCCAUCCAGGGGUUCACCUUGGGGCAUCGCUGUCUUGGUUGGUCUUCUUUUUGUGUUGCUUUUUUAUCAGUCUUCGUUUCACUCCAAAUGGUUUGGACCUCUGUAACUCAAAUACUAGCUUUUCCCCCCUUAUUUCAAUAUUAAAAAAAUAAAAAAAAGCAGCAGCAAGUUCAUAAUA